GGGGGCGCGGCGCUCCUCUGCCCUCCUCCCUCCCUCCCUCGCUGCUGCUGCUGCUGCUGCUGCUGCUGCUGCUCGGCCUCCCCGCCCGCUCCCGAGGGCCUCUUGCACUUCGAGAGACUUCGCCAGCGUUUCAUAUCCAAGUGAGCAAGUCCCCGGCUCUCAGGAUGGCUUCCAAAAGAGCCCUGGUGAUUUUGGCCAAAGGAGCGGAGGAGAUGGAAAUGGUCAUCCCCACCGAUCUCAUGAGGAGGGCGGGAAUCUCCGUGACGGUCGCAGGCCUAGCUGGCAAGGAUCCCGUGCAGUGUAGCCGCGACGUCGUCAUUUGUCCCGACAAGAGUUUGGAAGAUGCCCGGAAGGAGGGGCCCUACGAUGUGGUGGUCUUGCCAGGAGGGAACCUGGGAGCUCAGAACUUGUCAGAGUCUCCGCUUGUGAAGGAUGUCUUGAAGGAGCAGGACGGCAGGAAAGGGCUGAUUGCCGCCAUCUGCGCAGGCCCCACCGCUCUGCUGGCACACGGCAUAGGAUUUGGAAGCAAAGUCACCACGCAUCCUUUGGCCAAGGACAAGAUGAUGAGUGGAGAUCACUACAAGUACUCCGAGAAUUGCGUGGAAAAGGACGGCCACAUCCUCACCAGCCGGGGACCGGGCACCAGCUUUGAGUUUGGCCUUGCCAUUGUGGAGAACCUGCUGGGGAAGGAGCUGGCUGAGCAGGUGAAGGCACCUCUGGUCCUGAAAGACUAGGACAGCAAGGGCUCUGCCGAGGAAGCCUUGCAGCCAUCGCCGUCGCGUCUUCCCUCGAAAGAAAGAGCGGGAGGGAGGGGAGCCGUCACGCGGAAGCCCAGGAAAACCGGCGGGUCGCUUUGAGACCAGGAGCUUUGCCCUGACAGCCACGUAGCAAGUGUAGCUCCCCCACCUCCAAGCAGGCCGGGUGGCUCGUAACGCCACACCCUGCUGUCCUGUCCUUUCUGUGCCUCCUGAGGUCUUCAAUAAAAGAGGAACUCUGCUGAA